GCUGACCGGUGAUUGGCCAGUCUGUUAGAGGGGCGGGACUUAGUGGAGGGUCAGUUGGAUCGGUUGUCAUUAUCUUCCUACUUCAUUGAGUGAACCGUCGCCGGUGUAUUUUGCAGCUCUGACAUCUUAAUUGCUUCUUUAAAAAGAUGACAGCACCGGGGAUGAACAUCCACGGGGCCCGUCUGAGUCGUGAUGUCCCUGCGUGAGCUGCGUGUGUGUCAUCUCUGACGUCGCCGGCCCGCCUACAUCGCCCUCUGUCUCCCUCUGUGACACACAGCGCUCUCCGGCAGUGAAGAGCCGGUCUGCCAGCGUCACGGUGGGCACCGACCGCAUCCGCUGCUCUUAACGCGAGUCCUCACUGGCAUGGACACAGGAGGAGACCACUGACCAUCCAGGAACCAUGCCUACUGUCCUCGGUGGCAAAGGGAAACUUUCCGUUGUCUGUUUUAUACUCAGAUGCGCAUGUACUCAGGUAACAAGAAGCCAACACAACAGCUGUGCCAAAGAUCAUUUUGAGGACAUGACUCAGUCCUGGCCGUCCCAGCAAGCCUUAGGGGGUGACCAGGCCCAAAGAAUCCUCUACAACCCAAAGGAAGCAAAACUACCGAAUGCACAACAAAGGCAAAGUCGGGGGGAUGUUCAGCUGAGAAUGACCCGUCACCCUUGCGUGGCACCUCACAAAUCCAUGCUCGCUGAUGACCUGAAGCUGAGCAGUGAUGAUGAUGACACUCAAAGGACAAGUCAUGAAUCAGCUUGGGAUGGACACAGCUUGUCAGCUCAGCGAGCGCACACACAUGGCAGGAGGGUGAGACAUUCCAGCUCGGACUCUUCGGGCUCGGACUCCACCGCCGAGUCUGGUAGCAGCAGCCUUCGCUCCCAGAGCCCAGACCGGAGCCCAGACGUCCACCCCGAUCCCGCGUCGCCUGCCAACACACAGCCGCCGUGCAACAGCAAGGAGACUGAUCACCCCUCUGCGGCCCAGUGGCAGUUGGAUAGAUGGCUUAAGAAGUCCCGGAAAAAAUCUGCCAGCUGUGACCAGGAUCCCUCCCAGAGCAUUCCAGGACGCCCGCCCUCUCCCCACGCACAAAGAGCUCCAUCUCCAGCCAGGUCCUGGGACAGCAAUCGGGAAUACAGCCCUAGCCAAAGCCCUAUCCCGAGCCCACAGUUCAACUACAGCCACAACAACAGCCCCCUACCCAGCCCUGGUUAUAGCUUCUGCCCCAGCCCCAGCCCAUUCACCAGCACAUGCCCAAGUCCCAGCCCCAGCCCGAGACACAGCCCGAUCCCUAGUCCGGUUCCAAGUGUUUGCCCAAGUCCGUGUGGGAGCCCGAGAGCAAGCCGUAGCCCUAGUCCUAUACCGAGAGACCCUCCGAGAAGCCCUAGUCCCAGCCUACCUGCUCCUUCCAGGGUUCGGCACCACCCUGAGGUUCAGACAACACAACCAGGCCUAACAACUAACCCCCACAGGACAAAAAACAGCUCAUGGAUUGCCCCGUUGCCUAACCCCAAAAGUAGGCCUAUAAACAGUACUGCCCAUCUUCAGCGAACUCCUCAGCACAGGCUCAAGACUAGACCCACACAGGACCCAGACCAAAGCAAAUCCAAGGCCUCUGCUGUUUUAAAUCCUAACCAGAGUCACAGCCACAAAUCUAGACCCAAGCCUAUCUUAAAUCCAAGUUCUAAACAGCUAGCUGAGGCUCCCAAAGCCAAACACACAUCUCAUUUUGAGCAAAUUCAGAGUAGCAGAUCCAACCACAGCUCCAACCACAAGCACAGGCCUCCAUUUCAGUCCGGCUCACAACAUAUCCCCUCAACAGCAAAACACUUAGUUCCCACUAGUCGUGAAACCAACUCUAGUCAUAGUUCUCAUCCCCAAUCCUUGAAAGCUGCUGCUAAUCCUAACUCUGGGUUGAAUUCCAGAUCAAACCCCAGUCUAAAACCCAGGGCCAAGCCUUCAGAGGCUGCAGCACCAAACUCUGUGCAUGUUAACCACACAAAAACAACACAGAAGAAACCCCAGUCGAAGGAACAGGAGGUGGAACACAGAGGAGAUCAUUCGAGCCAAGCUGAGGGGAGAAAACACGAGAGGAAAGACGACAGACAUCGAGAAAAACAACCAGGGAAACCAGACAGAAAGGAAGACAGGAGGCUGGCGGAGGAGCAGCUAUUGAGACGUCCCUGGGUCCAAAGUUCGGCCGAAGAAGAAGAGGAGGAGGAAGAGGAGGAGGAGGGAGUGAUAGAGAGGCAGAGGAGGAGAGAGGAGACAGCAAGAGGGGAGAACAGGAGGAGGAGGGAGCAGCAGCAUAGACGCGAAUGGCAAACAGUCCAGACCAAACAGAGACUGCCUACCAACCCCGAGCGGCACCACCUUCAAGACGACUCACACCACCAGGGCAGGACAAAAAAGGCUGGGAGAAGUGAGGAGGAGAGAGAGUUACAGCAGGACACAUCGCCUCCUCCAUCACGUUCCCCAACUCCUCAUAGAGCGUCCUCCUCGCCCUCUACCUCCUCGUCUUCAAAUUCAGAUUCAGAAUCGGAAUAUCAGGCUCCGAUCACCAAAGUUCCCGCGGACUCUACCUCUCAAAGGAGGCUCCCCACGAGAGGGCAGCAAGGCCCUCAAGGCAGGCCGGACGCCAUCAGGCCGAAGGUGGUGCUCCCCAGAGGACCAACAUCAACCAACCCGAGUGAGGGGCAGCAGAGCGAGGGAAGGCAAAAACUCUACACCUUGGUCCCGUUCGGGCGAGGUGAAAAAGCUACAGCUCCUUCUCAGCGAGGGCUGAGAAAUCUGGUGGUGCAGAUAGAUCUCUGUCUGCUCAAAAGGGUCCCGGAUAGCCCUACAAGUUCCACUGUGAAGAAACCCUCCUCUUCCUCUUCGUCUUCUUCAACUAAGGACAAACAAAGAGAGGCUAUGAAACACCUGUACGUCCCUGAGACUGUGAUGAAAGAUGGCAAAAGGAAACGCAAGCUGGAGAAUGGUGUGUCGCACAGAGAAAGCAAGAGGAGUAUUCCUUAUGCCAAUGACGUCUCAGGACACAUAGAGUCUUCAUCUCACACAGCUGAGCGCAACUUUGUGACCGAGACCACUCACAACGGGUACUUGGAGGAGUAUUUGGACAGCAAGAGGCCUCUGUCUCCCCUGUCCCCUUUGUCCGAUAGCCCCGAGCCCACCAAGCCUCCCCUUAAAACAAAGCCUUCAGAGCAGCAUCACGUCCACAAGAACAGAGACAAGAAGGAUUCUGCUAUAAAGCCCAAGCUGGAGGUAGAAUGUGUAAAAGUGUCUAGACAGCCCCAACCGCCAGCGGAGUCCUGGGGCCCUGCAGGACAUAGGGGGACUGUGCCAAACCAUGAAACUCCGCACCAUGCUGAGUACUAUUUACAUGAAGCUAAAAGGAUGAAGCACCGUGCAGACGCAAUGGUGGACAAGCUGGGGAAGGCUGUGAAUUACGUAGACGCUGCUCUGUCCUUCAUGGAAUGUGGGAAAGCAAUGGAGGAAGGGCCGCUCGAGGCCAAGUCUCCUUACACCAUGUACUCAGAGACGGUGGAGCUUAUUAGGUACGCAAUGAGGCUGAAGAGCCACUCCGGCCCUGGGGCGAGACAGGAAGACAAACAGCUGGCCGUCCUGUGUUUUCGAUGCCUUGCCCUCCUUUACUGGCAGAUGUUUCGUUUAAAGAAGGACCACGCACUGAAAUACUCCAAAGUUCUGCUGGAUUACUUUAAGAGUUCUCCAAAAGUGCCUUCGACACCACCAGGUUGGAGUGACUCUGGGAAGGGCACAGGAGGACCCCCUUCCUCACUCUCACCCAAUGCCAAACACCUCAGCCGGAGUUCACACGGGGGCAGCGCCUUCCCCUCACUCAUAAGCAUUCCCCAGCGUAUCCACCAGAUGGCAGCAAACCACCUGAACAUCACCAACAGUGUGCUGUACAGCUACGAGUACUGGGAGGUGGCAGACAACCUCGCAAAGGAGAAUAAAGAGUUCUUCAACUACUUGAACACUUUGUCUGGGCCAUUGACUCUUCACAGCAGCAUCGCUCACGCUGUCCAAUACACCCGACAGGCUCUUCAGUGGAUACGCAUUAGUGCCAAACUCAACUAAUAAGGAGAGGAUUUACUGUAACCUGCCCACUGGGUGUCCAGGCCUCACUGAGAGGAGACAAAACUCUGGAUCUAUAUGCAGCUGACACUGAGCUUGUUGGAGUCGGAUGAAAUCCCACGGAGCCUGAUCGUCCUCAUAGGAUGUUGGGAUGCCUACUCUGUGCAAAGCCUUCUAGUGGAGAUGAACUAUAUGCACCUUCUUCCUCAUCAUUGGAUUAAUAUGAAUAGCCGUGUGAGCUGUGGAUUUCAAGUUUCUAAUCAGUCUAAUUUGCCAAAUGUCCCACAGUGACAUAAACAGGAUUCUCGUACGGCACAGUUAUAUGUGCAGGUUCAGGUGUAAAGCCUUUUCCGAGUUUGGAAUUAAUCAUUAUCCAGCACACUGUUUGUCUUGGGCCAAAACAGGAGAAGAUGCUAAAAAAAAGACCAAUCGAUCAAACAGCAUUUUCUCUGAAGUAGGAAACCUGUCUGCAUCUUUUUCUAAUGUAGGUUUUAAUGACACUUCUUUUUACAUUGCCGAUGUUUUAUGUGUUUUUACUGUGCAAUAUUUGAUGGAUUAUCUGUUUUUAGAAAAAAAAGAAAAGAACAAAAACCUGAGAAAUAUGUUGGUGAGUCUGGUUGCCACAUUUAACAUUCUUUUCUAUGCAAAUGUUGCUUUUGUCCCUGUUUGGAGUGUGGGAUUAUGUAAUUUAAUGAAUAAUGAAGUUAAAGAGGUCACUAGCUUCUUGAUAAGUUUACUAUCUUGUGUGUGGUCCAGGAGUAUGCAUUUUAAAUAUCCACCUUCUCACUGCAUCACUGUACAGGUGAUGAUCUCUUACCUCGAAUUCUGGUUAUUUUUCAUGUUUAAACUGAAGGAUCAUUCUGUGGGUCGAGACAAAGUGUCAGCCUAUGAAACCAUCUGAAAAUCAGGGCGUUUUUGUUCUACUCUGUGAAAGGGUUAGCCUGACAAUCAAACUGAAUUGCUGUUUCACUUCAUUCAGUUUUUAAAUUAUUGGAAUUGCUCGACAAAUAAAAGGUGUGGGCAUUCAUUCAGAGCUACGAGAGUGUGUGACGUUUUGCAGAUGCAGGCAUCCACAAACUCUUUUCUGCUGUGGCUCUUGCAUAAUUUUUGGUAAUUAUUUAUGAACAAGGAUGACCCAGAUACACAAAGUGAACCCAUGUCCUUUGGUGGCUGCAGGAAACUGGGCUGCUUUCUAAAUCACAUACUUUUUCUUUUUUCUUUUGGUACUUAAUGCAGCAAAGUACAUACUGUUCUAUACAGCAUGCAUACAAUUGGGACAUAAUACUUUAUCAUAACUUUGUGGCUGGGGCUACACGGUGGUCUAGUGGUUAGCACUCUUGCCUCACAGCAAGAGGGACGCUGGUUCAACUCUGGCCUGCUGUGGAGUUUGCAUGUUCUCCGUGUGUCAUCGUGGUUUCUCUCCGGGUACUCCGGCUUCCUCCCACAGCCCAAAAACAUGCACUUAGGUUUAAUUGGUGACUGUAUAUUGUUGUGAAUGGUUGUCUGUCUCUAUGUGUCAGCCCUGCGAUAGUCUGGCAGCCUGUCCAGGGUGUACCCCGCCUCUCACCCAAUGUCAGCUGGGAUAGGCUCCAGCCCCCCGCAAACCCAUGUGCGGAUAAUCGGAGGAGGAGAAUGAAAGAAUGAAUGAAACUUUGAGACUUAAAAUUUGACCCCCCAGCUCAUACAUGCUGCAUAGAAUUGAGACUGGCAUCCUGUUAUUUUUGGAAAUGGAUAUACUGUAUGUUGGGACAUACUCAGUGGUGGAAUGUAAAUACAUUUACUCAAAUACUGUACAUAGUACACUUUUGAGGUACUUGUACUUUACUUGAGUAUUUCUAUUUUAUGUAACUUUAUACUUCUACUUUACUACAUUUUGAGGCAAAUAUUGUACUUUUUACUCCACUUCAUUUUGCUAUGUAUAUCGACAGUCUUCCCUCGUGGUUUAACAGCCUUGUCCUGCAUCAGCAAAGUACACAGUUAAACAACUAGAGCGCAAAUAGAAUAAUGGCCAAGCAUCAGGGAGAAGAUGAACCCUGAAUUUGUGUAAAAAAAAAAAAAGAAGAGAAGCCAAUUAAGUUUGGGUGACUGUAAGAAUAAAAAAAGUUAAUUCAACACACAGAAAGUUGUAUUUAAAGUUCCUUAAAAAAUAACAGGAAAACUAAUUUAAGGCAAUAAUCAGCUCAAAAAUUCACCCAAAAAUGUCCUGCAGUUAUUGUAUUUACUAUUUUAGUUAUAUAUAAAAUGAAAUAUACAUCAAAUAUGUCAUCAGGGGUCAUCAGUUUACUCAAUGACAUAAAUAAAAAGGGGAAAAUGUUAAGAACCUCUGCUCUACAUCACAAUGCACAGCUUUUUCCCUGAAACUAUUACCAGCAAUUUUAUGCAUCAAUUUAUGCAUUAGUAUAGGAGAGGAAGAGGCUCCUAUAGGUUGUUUACUCUCUCUUAGUGACACACAAACACACAGUACAGGCGUGAGUCAGACUCAUGAGCCGGUCCAGCUGUGCAGAGAUCUCCCUGUCUCUCUCUCCACACACACUCACUCAUCCAUCAGUUACUCUCUGACUCCCUCCAUCGCUGCAGCUACACUUCCUGCUGCACCGACGCUGAAAACUUCAGCAUCUGAUGUCUGGUACCAUAGCAACAGAGAGCAACCAAUAAGGGGGGCUCUUCGGGACACGACGAGGCUUGGGUCAAUAUCAUCCUGGUGUUUUUACAUUCUGUUACAAACUAAUCCAAUUUUCCAUCACUGGACUAUGACCUACUUUAUUUCACUAUCCUAAACUUAAAAGUUUUUUAUUUUAUUUAUGCAGGCAAAUUGACUUGACAUCACAAAGAGCAACCUGCUGUAUUAGAGUAUUUGGAGUUGACCGUGUUUUGUUUUUGCCUAAAUUGAUAUAAAUAAUAAUAAUAAUAAUAUAUUUUUUUAAAGUUAAUAGAUCAGGUUUCAAUAAAUCCAAGCUUAAAAAUGUGUGAUUAAAAAAAGACAUUUAAAAAAAGAUGACUGAUAUUUAAGUAUGCGUGAUUUGACGUCAC